AUGAUGCCGUUGCUCGAUCGGAGGAUAGAGGCGAAAGAAUUAGAGGUGCUCGCCGCCCAAUACCAACGUCAAGUAGCCCGAGGGCAUCCGAGUACUCCAACGAUUUUUGCGUAUGCAAAGGGCAUGUGCCGCUCGAAGUUGGCCGACGUCCAGAUUGGAGUCCGAUUGCUGGAUGAACUCCUCCAACAAGAGCACAACUCUCAGCUGGCGCCGAAAAUCGUCUUCUGGCAGGCAUAUGGGAACGCACGACUCCGAAACUACGAUAGAGCAUUGGCGCUUAUCGAUUCGCUUCUCCUGCAAGAUGAUUCGGAAGAGCGGAGCCAGGAUUUGAAAGCGGAAAUUGAGGGGAGAAUGAAAAAGGAUGCCCUCCUCGGCGCUGCAGUCAUCGGCACGGGUGCGGCUGUCCUUGCCGGAAUCGUCGGGGGGCUGUAUCUACUCAGGAAA